AUGAAGAACCUGCUAUCUUUAGCCGGUGCCGUCGGAUUGGUGGCCGGCUCUUACAUAGCUCAGGUCCCUCUGAAUGGCCAGCAGAUCGUGGCAGAUGCGGCUGGUAGGAGUGCCGGCCGGGAGAUCCCGAUCGACUCCAAAUCGUUGCAGGAUACGAUAAAAGCCGAGAAUCUCAUGAAGAGGGCCAAGAAGCUUUACCAGAUUGCGAAGCUUUCAGAGGAUGAGUAUAACCAUCCCACGAGGGUUAUUGGGAGUGAAGGCCACGCGGGAACCCUAGCCUACAUCUACGCCACUCUGGCCGAGGUUGGGGGCUACUACAAGGUCUCAACACAGGCAUUCCCUGCAGUGAUGGGCAAUGUAUUCGAAUCACGCCUUGUCAUCGGCAAUGGCGUCCCCAAGUCUGCUGCACCCAUGGGUUUGACGCCUCCGACGAGGGAUAGACAGCCCGUCUUUGCCAACUUUGUCCUCGUGGCAAACAGUGGAUGCGACGCUGCUGACUACCCCGAGUCAGUAGCCGGUUCCAUCGCCUUUAUCCGCCGUGGUCAUUGUUCUUUCGGAGACAAGUCAGGUCUGGCUGGCAGCGCCGGAGCCGUUGCGGCAGUCAUCUACAAUAACGAGGAGGGAUCCCUGCACGGAACCCUCGGCACCCCUCAACCGAAUCACGUUGCCACGUUCGGUCUUUCACUUAGCGACGCUGCACCAGUACUCCGCGAGCUUGAAAAGGGCUCUAGGGUUGAUGGCAUCGCUUACAUUGACGCAGAGGUUAAGAGCAUUAGCACAAGUAACAUCAUCGCGCAGACGACUGGAGGAGACCAGGACAACUGCGUCAUGCUUGGCGGUCACACUGAUAGUGUCACAGAGGGCCCCGGAAUCAACGACGAUGGCUCCGGCACGAUUUCUCUUCUCGAGGUUGCCACCCAAUUGGCUGCCUUCGAGGUCAACAACUGCGUCCGCUUCGCGUGGUGGUCCGCCGAGGAGGAGGGUCUUCUCGGGUCAGACUACUACGUAUCUCAGCUCACUACUGAGGAGAACCUCAAGAUCCGCCUGUUCAUGGAUUACGACAUGAUGGCGAGCCCCAAUUUCGCUUACCAGGUCUACAAUGCUUCGAACGCCGAUAACCCCAUCGGUUCCGAAGAGCUUCGUGAGUUCUAUGUCGACUGGUACGAGAAGCAGGGCCUCAACUACACUUUUAUUCCGUUCGAUGGCCGCAGUGACUAUGAUGCCUUCAUUAAGAACGGCAUCCCGGGCGGUGGUAUCGCCACCGGCGCUGAGGGUGUGAAGAGCGAUGACGAGAAGGACAUGUUUGGGGGGGUUGCGGAUGAGUGGUACGACCCCUGCUACCAUCAGCUCUGCGACGACUUGAAUAACGUCAACUUGACGGCCUGGGAGGUCAAUACCAAGCUCAUCGCCCACUCCGUUGCUGCAUUUGCCAAAUCCCUCGAGGGAUUCCCCAAGAGGACAGCUGAUUUCGCGGUUGCCAGCACGGGUUACCGACCCAAAUAUCACGGUGGAAAGCUGGCCAUUUAG